ACAGCAUAUACCCUGGAUGAGAGCCUUGUCGCCAAAGAAAAUCAGUUCUAAUGUUCUUCCUUCCGUUCAGGAAUCACCUUCCAAACGGCCAUGUCCUUUUCCACAUCUGGGAUUCUCCCCUAUAAAGUGUCAGCGAUCACGAUCCACACCUUCAGUGCCUCUCUUCGCGUCAAAUGAUGAAAAUGCAACAGCAUAUAGCCCCAGAUUAUCCCCGACAAAGGCCAUUCAAGCCAGCCCAAGACGGGUGAUCUCGCCCACUCGAAGGCCGAGGCUCGAUACCAGAUCAAGCUCUCCUACAAAGCUCAGUCAAACGAUUACGCGUAACGAUCUACUCUCGAACACCUCGAGAAAAGCAUUGAACCCGGUUCGACUACCACGACCAAGUGCAGACGCGUUUACUAUCUUCGAAGAUUUCGGUCAUGUGGACACCUCUUCCACGGUUGAUAUGUUUCCGGCCACCGAUCUGGAAUCAGAAAUGGAAAAUAUUGACCCAGACGCGUCCAAAACGCCAAAACAAGUAUAUGUGGACAGCUUCACUCGACCGGAAGUCCGCUCGCCUCUCUCAAGUCUUGCGUGGACCAUUGUGGACCCUAAACCAAUUAUUACUGUGCGACAAACUACUCCUACACCUUCAUUCUCCUCGCGUACACCUUGUUUGCCCGCAUUCAUUACCCCAUCUCGUCCUCGGAUCAAUGCCCCUCGAUCGGACGCGCUUGAUAACGAGCUCGUCUCACGCGAGGAGGUGUCUUGGCCCUUGAGUGCUCCUAGGCAAAGAAAGACAUGGUCCCGAAUUGGAGAGAACAAGGAGUUCGACAUCUUUUCUGACGAGAACGAUUACGAAGCGGACGAUAGCUUCGUGGUAACCGCAUGGGAUGCGGAGAAGGAAAACGAGGGUAUGGAGCUGAAGAGAUUUGGGAGCUUCUAAAGGGGCGCCAAAUCGCUCGAAGAGGAAAAUAUACCCUUUUAUGGGAAGGCUGUUUGUUUUUCUGGGCUCAAAACAAGCUCAUUGGCGUUUAACUGUUGGGGUGUUCGUGCGUGGGAGUCGAGAUGAAACCGGUCAUUGAUACCCUUGCUGAAGUAUACAACGGC